AUGAAUACGCUUGUUCGGCUCAGUUGGAUAUGUUUUCUCUAUGGUAUUGCCGCCGAUAGCCGCACGCCACCACCAGAUCCCAUACCAAUCGGCAGAGACACUGUUGAUAGUCGCGUCGAACAUCAUCACGUGUCGUAUCAACGGCAUAGGCAUCACACGUCACCGGAAGAGCGAAAAUAUCUGCGCGAGUUGGAGGAAUAUGAAUAUAAACGGCAACAAUAUCGCCGAAAAGCGAACGAAGCACAAGAUCAAUACUUCCAGCAGUAUCUUGACCGAAUGAGACAGUACGCAGCACAAAUCCAGAUAAAAAGGUACCAAGAGCUCUUACAACGACAACAAAUGGAACGAGAUAGUAUAGCGAAGACGAUGGGGGAAUUUGCCGUUCCCGUGCCCGAUCUCCCAUCAGACACGGCAGGUGGAGAACGAGUGGAAAGACCUUCGAGUCCUUUUGGAGACUUGCAACCCGUAGAGAAAAGUGCUCGACAGCCUCGAAGUGAAACGUCGGGCGUUGUGGUGAAUACC